GCAUCCCCCUUUCUGCUCCUGUGCUGCGUCCACCAGCCUCGUCGUUAGGACGUAAGGUAAGACACCCAGGGGCGAGCCAGUGAGUACAGAGAGUAGCCUUACGUAGCGAAGCUCAGAGCAAGCGAGGGUACGGUCAAGGGGGGUGAUGGCGCUGUCUCGACGCAUGGCGGCUCCCGUCCUCGUCCUCAUGCUCCUCCUCGUCGCCACAGAGCUGGGGACGACCAAGGUGGCGGAGGCGAGGCACUGCCUGUCGCAGAGCCACCGGUUCAAGGGCCUGUGCAUGAGCAGCAACAACUGCGCCAACGUGUGCCAGACCGAGAACUUCCCCGGCGGCGAGUGUAAGGCGGAGGGCGCCACGCGCAAGUGCUUCUGCAAGAAGAUAUGCUAGUAGUAGCCUCGGCUUUGCUGGCACAAGCAGGUCGUCGGCACGCAACGCAAUUCAAGCAUCAUAUCGGUCCUCCUCCCGCGUUGCUGUCUACUCGACCCCGUUUUCUCUUUCGAUCGAUUUCGUUGUUUCCUGUUGCUCUCUUCUUUUCCCGCGAAUAAUAUGCUCCAUGGGAUCUCACUGUUGUACUUUCUGCAUCCGUUGGUAGUCAGGACGAUCCUUCUUCCCGCUGUCACGUGUGAUUCAAAAUGGAUGUACUAAUGCAACUGUUCGUUCUUCCAAAUCUGCUUUGGUGCUAGCUAGCUAGGGAACUUGAUGACCAA